AUGAUUACGGAGGACCACGAAGAAUAUGUAAGACUGGAGCACCUGCUCCGGUUUUGCAAGAACAUGGGAGUUCUCCAGAAAGACGCCCAUGAAUCCUACAGAAAGAAGUGUGUGAUGGCAGUCCCGCCUCCGACACCAGAACAACUGAACGCUGUAGCAAACGCCAUCGGUAAGUAUGCUAAGGCGAAGAUGAGGGAGCUAACGACGAAGAAGAUUAAGAUCAACCGCGACAUCGUAGCGGUUUUCAACCGCUACAUAGCAGCAGAGUACGACGGGGAAGCAUUCGUCAGAGUGGCGCAAGGACUUGCAGAUGCCCAACAUCGUCUCCAGAUGACAUCCACUAUCACCAUCAGCGAUGCGAGAAAGUCCCUUGAGACUUUUGCUCAGGGUCUUCCCAACCAUGUGCAGAAAGAUGUCGCAGAUUAUCUCUGCCACUUUACGGAGACACGGGACAAGGUCUACAAAUACAAAGACCAUUUCACAGUCGUCCAAGCCGUAGAAGGUAUGAGAAAUAUGAGCAAUGCGUACAUGGAAAAUAUGAAUAUCGCCAAUGAUGUAACGAGUGGUGUUGCAACUGCUGUUGUGGAUGCUGUUGAGACUGUUGUCAGGGAUGAUGCUGAGAAUGAUGCGGCUAAUGAUGAUAGGAAUGAAGCUACACAGCUGGCGCCAGAGGAGACGGUGAGUACACCAAAGAAAGCAGGUAAGUACAGCACAAUGCCUAAAACGCCGAAGUCACCGCCAUCAGUAGGUAGGACAAGGGUAAAGGAUGCCCUGGUAGAAAAAUAUGGGUCUUUUGUUGACGCAAAAAUUCCUGCUGCACAGCAAUUACUGAAAUUUGGAAUAAGGAAGGAAAACAGAGAUAAGGUCGCCAGGUCGUUAAGAUACAAGCAAGAUGAUAUGAUCCACAGGGAAUCAGCCCACUACGUUUUGAGGAAGAUGCAUAGAAAAGGUAAGGUACCAGAGAGCGUCAAUGAUCUAUCAGAUAAGGACAUACAGGUACCAUCUAUAGUUUCUAGGGGAAAGAAACUACAGAUAGACAUUUUGCGGCGUCAUUUGGAUGUCCUUAUCAAGGAGGAGACAGUACGAAAAGGUGGAAUGAAGGAUGAAGAUUUGGCAGCGUUAAUCGAGUCACAGGAGUGGCCUAAUGUGGUGAUAACCCAGGAUGAGGUAAAGGGUAAGUGUUUGACUACAGGAUCUCGAAAAAUCUUUAAGGGACAGAUUGUUUGCGAUUAUCACGGGGAAAUCAUUAGCCACAAGGAGGGGGGAAAGCGGUUAAAUUCAUACAAUGAAGGGGCCCCCGCGGGGAAUUAUUUUUAUUUUUACCGCCACAGCAACAAACGACUGUGCGUUGAUGCUGCCAAGCUUCCCUGCCCAUGCCACCCAAAGAAGAAAACAACCUCUGGCAGGCUAAUUAAUCACUCCGCAAAAUCACCGAAUCUACAAACGCAGAUCCGUGUUCUGAACGAUAAACCCCAUCUUUUCCUGGUAGCCCGGACAGACAUACCGCCUGUAACCGAGCUAUUCUUUGAUUAUGGGGUCUGCCGUUCAGAAGACGGGGAGAAACUAGAUUGGCUGCAGUCGUAA